UAACCAAUUUAUAAUAACCAAAGCAUGACAAUAAUAAUAAUAAUAAUGUCAAAUAUAUUCCUCAUACACAUCACCAAAUACACCCUUAUUAUUCAUUUCAAUUUCAAUUUCAAUUUUGAUUUGGUUUUUAUUUUUCGUUGGAACAGCUAUUUCAAGGUGAACUACGGUGUGGUUGUUGCUGUGAAACAACAGCAGCAGUGUGAUGUUGAUGUCCACAAACAAAGACAGUUUUGUCUUUAUUCAAAAAACAUGCAUUGGUGGUCAUUUUUGUUAUUACCAUAUUUCCUGUGGUCGGUUAUUAUAUAUGUCCUCUGGAAGUUAUUAAAAUGGUCAUAUCAAAGAUAUCAAUUGUUGCAAGUAUUUCGAAAAGCUUCGAUUCAAGGACCUGAACCAAAUUUUUUAUUUGGUAAUAUUCGUUUGAUUGAUAAACAAUAUCAAUGGCGAUCAUUGGAUAAAUGGUUUGAUCAAUAUGGUCAUACUUUUGGAUAUAUUCGUGGUGAUCGAGCCGUAUUGGUUACGAAAAAUAUUUCACUUAUCAAACAAAUAUUCAUUCAACGUAUAAGACAAUUUCCAAAUCGUUUUAAAAUGAUGAUUCAAUUACAACCAUUUAGUUCAUCAAUUUUAGCAUUGAGAGAUGAUCGAUGGCGUCAAGUUCGUCGUGUAUUAACACCGGCAUUCAAUGCAACAAGAAUAAAAUCAUCAGUUUCAGCUGGACGAAUUAUUGGCGAAUCGGUAAAUCGUUUGAUGGCCAUCCUAAACAGACCAGACACUAAAUGUAAUGGUUAUAUCCGACCAUAUGAUAGUGAUGGGAAAUUAAUGAUAAAUGUUAAUGAAAUGUCUAAACGUUUUACAUUGGAUACAAUAUGUCAUUAUGCAUUUGCAAUUGAUGAUGAAGAUUUUUUCCGUCAAUCACCAUUAUUCAAUAUGGUUGAACAUUUUUUUACACACAAUUGUAAUACUGUUUUAGUUCGAUCGGCAAUGAUAUUUCCGUUUAUGAAAAAUGUAUUGAAAUUUAUCAACGAUCAUGUUAGUUCAGGUCCGAUUAUUGAUCAUCUUACCGGUUAUCUUCAAAAACAAAUCAAUCGUUAUGAACAACAACAAAAACAUUGUUCAAACAUUGAUAAUGAUUCGGAAAAUAUUGGUGUUCGUAAAAAUCUUUUGGAUUUUGUUCUUCAUCAUCAUCAUCAACUAAAUACGCUUUCACAUGAUGAAGUGAUUGGUAAUUUAUUGGUCAUUUUGAUGGCUGGUUAUGAAACUACUGCUUGUGCCAUUUCAUUUGUUCUGUUCAAUUUGGCUCGAUACAAAGAGAUUCAAGAUCGAUUACGACAAGAAUUGAUUGAAUUACAAAAUACCGAUAAUAGUAAUUCGGAAUUAUUGGAUCGUAUUAUUUAUGAAUCAAUGCGUCUUUAUCCACCGGUUAUUGAUUAUCUUUUACGUGAAACUAGUGAUAAUAAUGAAUGUAGUACUUAUCAAUUUGAAUUAGAUUCACAAACAAAAACUUUACCUAAUGAUGUUGCUAUACAGGUACCUGUUUGGACUAUUCAUCAUGAUCCAGAAAUAUGGUCACAACCAAAUUGUUUUGAUCCAGAUCGUUAUGGAUUACCAACAACAAUAUCGAUGGCUGUUAAUGAUCCAAAAUUUUUAGCAUUUGGUCUUGGUCAACGUAGUUGUAUUGGUGGAUCAUUAGCUAUGGCCGAAAUAAGAGCAAUAAUUACUCGUUUGGUAAUUGAUUAUCAAAUCGAAUUCAAUCCCGGACAAACAUAUCCACUCGAUUCAAACGGAUUGCUUCAAGUAGAAGCACAUGCUGAAUUGAUAAAACCAUUGAAUGAUAUUUGGUUAGAUUUUUAUCGUCAUGAAUGAUAAUUUUUCGAAUUGUCAAAAUAAAUUUACCAAUGGUAAACACCAGAUGAUGCUAGUGGGUAAUUCAUGAAUAUUAAAAAAAA